AAAUAAUUUGAGCAGGUAGGAUGAAUAGGCCUCACAGUAGACGAUCAGAUGGCUCAGAGGCAGAGCAGGAAAGGUUACAUGAAGUCAACGAGCUCAAGAUGGAAUUAGCAAAGUUACAGCAAUCCUACAGAACUAAAGCCAGUGGAUCAAAAUCAUUCAGUGAAGAAGCUCAAAAUGCAAUCAGAAAACAAAAACAGGCAAUUCGUCAAUUGCAUAGGGAAGAGGAAGAGCUUCUAAAGGAACUCAAUUUAGCAAGGAGCACACAAAAUCAGCUCAAGGACAAAUCGACCGUGGGAAAACUGAGAACACUCAAAGACAAAGAGGCGGAAAAUAUGGCAAAGAUUGAGGACGAAAAAGAAAAGAUAAAGAAUUUUGACCUUCAAAUCAAGAAAAUGGAAAAAGCAAAACGUGAUCAGCAUAAAAAUAUGGGCGGUGUGCACAUGAGUCAGCAAGUUCAAGUGGCAGCUAAAAAGCAGGUUGCAGUUUUAGAAAACAGACUGGACCAAGCGCUAAAGAGGUUUAACUCAAUCUUGGCAGAUAACAAGAAGAAGAGAGAACUCAUUGAUCAUCUGCGGCAGGAAAAAGUCAUCUUCGAGAACCUCUUCAAGAAGCUGGAAAAGGAAUUGGCUGACACUAAGAAGGAUAUCGCUAUUAUUACUGAGGAUAGUACAGCAGCAUACGACCAACGCGAUGAAGCUCAAGCAAAGAUGCUGGCACUGAAAGAGAAAUCAGACAAAGAGAUGGUUCAAUAUAAUAUGGAACUGAAGAACAUCAGAAGAACUUUGGAACACGAUCGCAAGCUGAAAGAAUUCAUGACUGUCAAGGCUCAAGAACGUGAGAUGGACGAAGAAAGUUUGGCUAGAAAACGGAAGAAGGAUGCGGCAGAAAAAGCGGAGAAAGCUGAGGAAGCCAUUACUACGUACGAGCAAGCGUUCGAGAAGAUUAGAGAGGUCACAUCGAUACAAGAUACUGAUAAACUCGUCAAAAGAUUUAUUGAAGUUGAGGAUCAAAACUUCGCUCUGUUCAACUAUGUGAACGAAUUGAACAACUCAAUCGAGUCAAUACAGGAGCAAAUAAACACAGUCAAAGACGACAUUAGCAAGUUCAAGAUGGAGUCUGUGGACCUUGAGAACGAGCGAAAGAAGAUACUGGGCGAACUAGAGGAGAAAUUGGAGACCACCAAUACUCUGAAGGGAGCUUACGAUCUGAAGUACGACGGGACCAUGAAGACCCUGGACCAACUCAAAUCAGGUAUUGACAGUCUCUUCAACAAGAUCAACUGCGACAGAUCACCUAUAAUCGAGAUGCUGGGUGAAGCUGGGGUAACCGAAACUAACAUGAUGCAGUAUCUGGGUAUUGUGGAACAGAGGACAAAUGAACUCCUGCAACUAUUUGCCUUUGUACAAGCUCGAGAAGCUGAGAAGCAAGAGGGAGCAGUUGUACCUCAGCCACCUUCUCUUCUGGGACAGGGACCUCAACCUCAAGUCAAUACCAUCACUGUGGCACCUCCUACCACUGGAAUAACAAGCUCUCAACACACAACCAAAGCAACAGCAGAUGACUACGAGAGUGAUGGCGACUCCGUUGACGAGGAGGAGAUCAGACCGCUUACUCAGGCUGAACUCAAGAAGAAGAUCAUCAAGGGGAUCUCCAAGCGAGAAGCUCUCCCGAAGAAAGGGAAGAAAGAAAAAGCCUAAACGGAGCUGACCAAUCCUUUAAAAGACUUCUAAUUUGCUUUUUGAUAGAGCGACACUUUCAUGUCAAGUCACAUGUAAAGUUACGUGUAAAUAAGAAAUUGUGUAUACAAAUAUUUAGGCGACAGCUGCUCGCCCUAAGCUAGCUAGCUAUUCAAGAUUUUAUCGGCAAUUGCCGGACCCAAGUGUAUAUUUGCUUUGUCUCAUACUCAUAGUACUAUGAUUUUUAUAGAAAUGCAAGAAAAUUUUUUCAAAG